AGCCAUUUUCACGCGCCCAGAUUAAAAAUAAAUAGAAUUUCGUGCUUUCUUUUUAUUUUUUCUUCUCUUUUAUCAUACACCUUUAUAUAUUACUUUAGAAAUGUUGUCUCGCCUUGCCAUCAGAUCUAAAGGUGCUAUUGCUCGUUUGCCCACACAGCGAUUGGUUUCCGCAAGACAACCUACAAGACCUUUUAUUCGUCUUCAGCACACAUCCAAGCCUGUCCUUGCUAAAUUAGCUCCUCUCGAUACUUUCCCUCGUCGUCAUAUCGGAUCUGAGGGCAAUGAGGUUCAAGGCAUGUUACAACAACUCGGCGUCAAGAACAUUGAAGAAAUGCUCGCAAAGACCAUCCCUCCUACCAUUCGCUCCCCUAAACCUUUAGCCAUUGGUGAGGGCAUCCCCGAACGCCAAUUACUUGCCCGUCUUAAGAGCGUCGCAUCCAAAAACAAGAUUAACCGUUCUUAUAUCGGUCAAGGUUAUACAGAUACCGUUGUUCCUAACGUUAUCUUACGUAAUAUUCUCGAGAAUCCUGCCUGGUACACUCAGUAUACCCCUUAUCAACCCGAGAUUGCUCAAGGUCGUUUAGAAUCUCUCUUGAAUUACCAAACCAUGAUUACCGAUUUAACAGGUUUACCUAUUGCCAAUGCCUCUCUUUUAGAUGAAGGUACCGCUGCUGCUGAGGCCAUGUUGAUGGCAUGGCAAGCUGGUCGUCGCAAGAAGAACCUCUUUGUUGUCGACGAAAACUGUCAUCCUCAAACCAUUGCUUGUUUAAAGACUCGUGCUGAAUCCUUCAACAUUGAGGUUGUUAUUGCAGAUACUUUCAAUUACAAGUUUGAUGAACACAAGAAGAGUCUUGCUGGUGUCUUGUUACAGUACCCUGAUACUCGUGGUUCCGUAAAGGAUUAUGAGAAUUUAACUGCUAGUGUUCAUGCUGCUGGUGGUCAAGUUGCUGUUGCUACUGAUUUGAUGGCCUUGACUUUACUCAAGUCCCCCGGUGAAUUCGGUGCUGAUAUGGCCUUGGGUAACUCUCAACGUUUCGGUGUUCCCAUGGGUUUCGGUGGUCCUCAUGCUGCUUUCUUUGCCUGUAAAGAUGAACACAAGCGUCGUAUGCCUGGUCGUUUGAUUGGUGUCUCCAAAGACGCUGCUGGUGACAACGCUUACCGUCUUGCCCUUCAAACCAGAGAACAACAUAUUCGUCGUGAGAAGGCUACCAGUAACAUCUGUACCGCUCAAGCACUUUUAGCAAACAUGUCUGCCAUGUAUGCUGUUUACCACGGUCCUGAGGGUGUCAAGGCCAUUGCCCAACGUAUCAACCACUUGACAGCCGUUUUGGCUCAAGGUAUUCGUACCUCUGGUUAUACCAUUGAGAACGACGGUAACUUUUUCGAUACCCUUUCUGUCAAGGUAGGUAACUCCUCUGCUGUGCUUCAAAAGGCCGCUGCUGCUGGUAUCAACCUCCGUGCCAUUGAUAACAACACCAUUGGUGUUACCUUGGAUGAAGCUGUUACUCAAGACGAACUUGCUAAAUUGAUCGGUGUUUUCCAAAAGGAAGGCACACCUGAGGUCAGCAUGGAACAACUUGCCACUGUCCUUGACAACCAAGUCACCACUUUCCCUCAUCAAUUGGAACGUACUUCAUCCUACUUGCAACAUCCCGUUUUCAACUCUUAUCACUCUGAGACUGAAAUGCUUCGUUAUAUCCAUCAUCUCGAAAGCAAGGAUCUUUCUUUAGUUCACUCCAUGAUUGCCCUUGGUAGUUGUACUAUGAAGUUGAAUGCCACCACCGAAAUGAUCCCCGUUACAUGGCCUGAAUUUGCAAACAUCCAUCCUUUCGCUCCUGUCGAUCAAACUGAAGGUUACCUCGCUAUGCUUGAUGAACUUGCUGAUGAUUUAAAGGAAAUCACUGGUUUCGAAGGUGUCUCUCUUCAACCUAAUUCUGGUGCUCAAGGAGAAUACGCUGGUCUUCGUGUGAUCCGUGCCUACCACCAUGCUCGUGGUGAUGAACACCGUAACGUUUGUUUGAUCCCCGUUUCCGCUCAUGGUACCAACCCUGCCUCUGCUGCUAUGUGUGGUAUGGAUGUCGUCAUUGUCCAAUGUGAUGCUGAUGGUAACUUAGAUAUGGCUGAUUUGAAGGCCAAGGCCAAGAAGCACAAGGAUAAGUUAGCUGCUGUCAUGAUUACCUACCCCUCCACUUUUGGUAUGUUUGAAGCCGGUGUCUCUGAGGCAUGUCAAGUCGUACACGAUUUAGGUGGUCUUGUCUAUUUGGAUGGUGCUAAUUUGAAUGCCCAAAUUGGUUUGACCAAGCCCGCUGAAAUCGGUGCCGAUGUGUGUCACAUGAACUUGCACAAGACAUUCUGUAUUCCUCACGGUGGCGGAGGACCUGGUAUGGGACCUAUUGCUUGUACCAAAGAGCUUGAGCCUUAUCUUCCUGGUCAUCCUGUCAUUGCCUGUGGUGGUCAAAACGCUAUCGGACCCAUUUCUGCUGCUCCUUAUGGUUCUGCCUCUAUCUUGCCCAUCUCUUGGGCCUAUAUUAAGAUGAUGGGUGGUGAAGGUCUUACCCAAGCUACCAAGCUUGCUAUCUUGAACGCCAACUACAUGGCCAGUCGUCUUGGAGAGCAUUACGAAAUUUUGUAUACCAACGAGAACGGUAUGUGUGGUCAUGAAUUUAUUGUGGAUAUCCGACCUUUUGUUGAGAAGGGUAUUGAAGCCAUUGAUGUUGCCAAGAGACUUCAAGAUUAUGGAUUCCAUAGUCCUACUAUGUCUUGGCCCGUCACCAAUACUUUGAUGAUUGAACCUACCGAGUCAGAAAGUAAAGCAGAGUUAGAUCGCUUCUGUGAUGCUAUGAUUUCUAUCCGUGGUGAAAUUCAACAGGUGGUCGAUGGCAAAUUACCCAAGGGUAACAACAUGUUAAACAGCGCGCCUCAUUCUAUCAAGACUUUAAUGGCUGAUAAAUGGGAUCGUCCUUACUCUCGUGAAACCGCUGCUUUCCCUAUGCCUUAUCUUCGCGAAAAGAAAUUCUGGCCUUCGAUCUCUCGUAUCGAUGAUGCUUAUGGAGAUCGUAACUUGAUGUGUACUUGUCCUUCUCCUGAAGAAUAUAUGUAAUUUUAUUUAUUUUUUAUUCCCCCAAACCCCCCUUUAUACUGUAAAUUAGACUCUUUUUCCCUUCUUCAUUUUUUUUUUAAUCAUAAAAA